CGCCGUUGCCGUCAUUCGAUAGAUUGUUUUCAGCGUUUUUAAUUGUGGGAAAUAAUACAAAAGGCGUUAUAAAAUAGAUUGUUUAUUCUUAAAAAAGUGUUAAUAAAUGGCGUUUCAAACAUAUGGUGAUAAGCCUGUGGCUUUCCAACUUGAGGAAGGUGGCGAAUACUACUAUGUGGGUUCGGAGGUCGGCAACUAUAUGCGCUUAUUUCGUGGCAUUUUAUAUAAAAAGUAUCCUGGUAUGACUCGGUUGGUACUCUCAAAUGAAGAACGCAAACGACUCGCUGAUUCUGGGCUGAGUUCACAUAUAUUGGCCAGUUCAGUGUCGCUACUGCGAGCCGUUGAAGUUGACGAUAUAAUCGCCGGGAAUGAUGAAAAAUAUCGAGCUAUAUCGGUAAACACUUCAGAAACACCUCUACCACGGGAGAGUAAAUCAAAAAAGCAGCCACAGUAUGUUCCCACGAUGCCGAACUCCAGUCAUUUGGACGCAGUUCCACAAGCUACACCGAUCAAUCGCAAUCGCGUUCACACCAAAAAAGUGCGAACGUUUCCCAUGUGUUUUGAUGAUACGGAUCCAACUGCUAAUAUUGAAAACGCAGCACAAAAGGAAUGUUUAGUGCCGAUUCGUCUAGACAUGGAGCUAGAAGGUCAAAAGUUACGAGACACAUUUACUUGGAAUAAAAAUGAAAGCAUGAUAACGCCCGAACAGUUCGCGGAAGUACUUUGUGAUGAUUUGGAUCUAAAUCCCAUACCCUUUGUACCCGCCAUUGCACAAGCAAUACGACAGCAGAUUGAAGCAUUUCCUAAUGAGCCACCUAUAUUAGAGGAAAGUUGUGAUCAACGUGUUAUUGUAAAGCUAAAUAUCCAUGUGGGUAACACAUCCCUUGUAGAUCAAGUUGAAUGGGAUAUGUCUGAAAAGAACAAUAAUCCCGAGGAAUUUGCUAUAAAAUUAUGUGCAGAGCUUGGUUUGGGGGGAGAGUUUGUAACAGCAAUUGCUUAUAGCAUACGAGGUCAAUUAUCGUGGCAUUGCCGUACUUAUGCCUUUAGCGAGGCUCCUCUAUCAACUAUCGACGUUCCAUUCCGAAAUCCUAGCGACGCUGAUGCAUGGGCACCUUUCCUUGAGACAUUAACCGAUGCUGAAAUGGAGAAGAAAAUACGAGAUCAAGAUCGUAAUACGCGCCGUAUGCGUCGUUUAGCCAACACUACUACCGGCUGGUAGACUGACAACAUUCGAAUUAGUUAUCAUGCCUAAUACGUUAUCCAACGGAUAGCAUCCGCACGAAUGUAAACCGAUUCGCAGUUCCAACAAGCGAGUAAAGAGGAUUAGAUUCGUGCGAAUGGCAUCCCUCGGAUAAGUGCCUACUCUGGUCCGACAGAUACCCUUUACAGAUACGAAUGUAAUCCUUCACACACUAGCUUGUUAUGACAGUGCGAAUCAGAUUAUAUCAGUCGGAUACCGUAAUAGGUAUGUAUAGAUAUGUAUAUCACAUUUGCAUACAUACAUACACCGGCGAUAAAAACUGAGUGCACGGUAAUUUUUGCUAAAUAUUUGGAAUGCUGUAAGCAAAAAAAUAUAUAAAUUAAAAAUCAACACGAUGUUUUACCCACUUAAAACUUGAUUUGUUUUGUUAAAAAUUCAGAUUAAAAAUUUUAAGAUUUUAAUUAAAAUUGUGUUGAGUGUGUCUAAUUCUUAAUUUUGUACAGCACGAACAAUGUUUUUAUAAAAACAACAACAAAAAAUUUUCGAAAAAAUUAACAAAAAUCACCUUGCACUCACUUUUCAUCGCCAGUGUAUAUGGUUUCCAUCAGCUUAAUCAUCCGAAGAAAAUAAUAAAUUUUAUAAAAGCUGGUAUUUUUCCCGAUUUCCUAAUAAAUAUUCAUAGAUGUAAAGAAACCAAUUUAAUAAAUUUCCACUCAGAAAAUUUGCUGAGAACUUCCACAA